AUGCCGCAUACAUCGCGCAGACACCGCAACCACGUGUCGAACAACCCCCUGCGAGCAGCGCAUGGCAAGCGACUGCAAAUCACCGAUGACGACGGCUGGGUGCACGUCGUAAACACUUCCAUCUCUGAUUCUUCGCCACGGACGAAGCCAAAAACAUACACAUCCGCCACCACUGACGGAUCCGCCGACGACCCGGAUUGCAGCCCCUCCUCCAAACAAGAAGAGAAAGAAAAAGAAGAAGAAGAAGAAGGAAAACUUCCUUUAAUUCUCCCCGCAGAAGCACCCCCGCGUCUGACACUAUCGAGCCUGCGCCAGAAAUUCGACGCAGACCUCGCCGCAUGGCAGACCUCGGCUACAUGGACGACUCUGCGCGACUCGCUCUUGCGUAUCCUGGCCAGAUUGCCAGCCGGUAGCGAGUUCGACCGGCUGGUAUGCAUUGGCUUGGGCUCGCCCAGCGGGCUGCGCGAUGGCUGGGUUGACCGGCGCGACGUCGCGUCAUACCAGCUCGCAGCAUUUGUAUCGCUCGUGCAGAGCGUCCAGCAGGAGCAGGAGCAGGAAACCUCCCAAACGGGAGAAGCAGCAGCAACAACAAGAAAAAUGGAAAUCAUCGCGCAAGACCCCAUUUUCAACGCGCUCGACAAACAGCUCCUCUCAUCCCUCGGCAUCACCGUCGUGGCCCACCCGCAAGCUUUCUCAAGCGUGACCGCGCAGACUCUGCUCUUCGCGCCGGGCGCUGAGAAGCGCCAUCUCGAGCUGGUUUUGCCGGCGCGGCCGCUUGUGCUGUUUGGGGGGCCGUUGGAGGAAGAUACAGGCAGACUUUAUCAAAACCAGCAGAAACAAAAAGACAGCGUGAUAGAACAGUUUUUGACGACAACGCAGUCGAUGAAACUCGUCGAGUUUGGGCCGCGGCCAGAGGCGUUUUGGCGCAUGAGGAUUUACUGGAGAGAUCUCGUUGAUUAA